UCAGUAUGAGGGACACGGAGUCCCAUUGCGCCGCUGCUGCUCUGAGAGUGGGAUGAGGCCCCCCAGCUAUCGGUCGGGUUAGAGGCCAUAGGGACAGCCGGUAUUUAGCAGCGACUCGUCUCCAGGGCUAAAAGCCAAGGUACCACUAAGUUCCCAAUAAUGAAUGGAGAGCUUCCAGGCGCUGACUGCCCCCAAGGGAUUAGUGGCCCAAUGCUUUGGGGACUGGCAGGGGGCAAUGUAGCUGGAGGGUGCCAGGCUUGCAGAGGCCAGACGAGGAGGUAGGGUGCUAGUGAUGAGAAUGCGUGGGUCUCACAUGUGGUUACACCCUGGUUUCCUUCUUCCAGGCUGGACCCGAGCGAGUGAGCGCAGAGCGGCUGCACACUGACCAUGACCAAUACGACUUGCUGCAACUUUGAGGUGCGCUUUCUCUCCUACCUGCUGCCCCCGGUGCUUAUACUGGUGUUCGUGCUGGGCUCGCUCUUUAAUGGCCUCUCUCUCUGGAUUUUCUGCUUUCACAACAAGUCCUGGAAGGCAAGUACCGUGUGGCUCUUCAAUUUGGCACUGGCCGACUUUCUGCUGAUGGUGUGCCUGCCCUUCCGCACGGACUAUUACCUGCGGCACAAGCACUGGCAGUACGGGGACAUACCCUGCCGCCUGGUGCUCUUCGUGCUCUCCAUGAGCCGCAGCGGCAGCAUCUUCUUCCUCACUCUGGUGGCCACUGACCGAUACUUCAGGGUAGUCCACCCGCACCACAGAAUCAACUCCGUGUCUACAAUGUGCGCAGCUGGAAUCGCCUGUGUGGUGUGGCUUAUCACCAUAGCCGGCAGCGUCUUCAUUCUGACCAAGCGCAGGGAGUUCAGUGGGGGCAGUGAGGGCUUGCUGGCGUGUGAGAGUUUCGCCAUAUGCCUGGACUACUCGGAAAAGCAGCACGACUAUAUCUACCUGGUGCAAUUCUUCGUGCCGCUGGCCACUGUCGCUUUCUGCUCUUGCAGAGUUAUCCUGCGGCUCCGACAGCGCAACCUGGACCGGCAUGCGAAGAUCAAGCGAGCGGUACAGUGCAUGGUACUGGUCGGGAUGGCUUUUUGCUUCUGUUUCCUUCCCAGCGUCUCCACCAGGAUCGAGAUGUUGCGACUGCUGGACUCUCCUCAGUGGCAGGACUGCAACAUCUACCGGGGCGCCGACACCGCGUUCUACAUCUCCAUCUGCCUGACUUACAUGAACAGUAUGUGCAACCCGCUGCUCUAUUACUUCUCCAGCCCCUCAUUCCAGGCUUUCUACCUCAAGAUCGCCAAGUGCCCUAACCAGGCGGCUUCCGAAUCUGAAACCAACGAUCAAGUCGCCAACACAUACCAGACUAAUGAGCAGCUGCAGCAGUGACCAUGCACACCAGGCUUACUUUCUAACCCCUGCUACUAAAGAGCUCUGUGUGAGCCCACAUCCACCCAUUCACUCUAUGUUUUUGCAGAUAAGUGCAACUUGGGGGGUUCUUCGGGGUAACAACAGAAGGAGCAGACCUUGUCACCUCUGGGGGUCCAGUAAGGAAAUUAAUCUAUUCUUUACAAAGUUUUUUUUUUGGGGGGGGGGGCAAAAAUGAUUUCUUUGGGGUCCUUGUACCUUUUAGUUACACCACUGCUUCAUACAUAGAUCCCAGAUUCCCCUGCCCAUGUAUCUUUCAGCCUCACACAGACCCAAUACAAAAUAUUGAUCUAUGGCAAAUACAGGAGCCCCUCUAGCAUUGGCACGAAUAUGCAGAUUGCCGGCCUAGGCUAUAUAGUGUGGGGAGGUGAGCAAUAGGGCCACUGCUUUUAGCACCCCUGGUGGGUAAAUUAGACUAAUCCUUAUUAUUAAACAAUAAAGCUGGCCAUACACCUAAAGGUCAUUGGCUAGGUCACCAAACAAAUGGACCUUGCUGCCAUGUGCAGGGUCAGACUGGACCAGAAAGGCACCAGGAAAAAACCUGCUGCCUCCCCCAGGCAUGCACCCUGGUCUGCAAAUGUGCAGCACUUCUCCCCACCUCUGUGGCCACAAGUGUGUACAUGGUGUGAGGGUGUUAGCAUUGGAAUAGGACCUCACGACUGGGGUGGGGGCCCCCAGGUGGCAGCCCUGGUGGGCCUCUGGCACUCCAGUCCAACACUAGCCAUACUGCAACUUCAGGUUGGGUGAUAUAGGGCUGAUUUGAGCAAAUGCCUAGUUUUUACUCAAAUAUUAGUCAAGCAGGCCCAUUGGCUUGUCCCAUACUGUACAUGGGCCAUUAAGCUGCUGUCUCAAUUUGGAAGGACCAAGCCAACAAAUUUUACUGGUCUCUGUAUAGCCAACUUCUGACUAAUGGAAUAAAAUGCCUUGCUUCAUUCUGUUACUGCACUUGAGCACUUUUCCAGUUAUCUAUGUUUAUUCCCACCAAGUCACCAAAAUAUCCAUCAGCUGCCCUUGUUCAGCAGGGAUCUCAGGCUGGCCCUUCUCUGCUGCUGCCUGAAGCAGUUUUCCAAAGUCGCCCGAAGGUUCCUUAUUAGCUUUGAGAUGGAAAUUGACAGAUACGUGCCAGGCAUUGUGGGUGAAACAAUGCAUUGCAGAUAUCAAAAUGACAAAAAAACAAACCUGUUAUAUCACCUAAAAACACUUGAGUGGAUAGAAUGAUAUCAGUUUUAGAGGUAAUUGCCUCCAUGAGUAAAGCUGGGCAUACAUGCACUGAUAUUAUCGUACAAGACCUAUUCGGUAUGUGUAUGGCAGAUCGACAAGACGACCGAUAUCUCAAAAUCUUCGGGAAUCAGUCAUCUCAUCGAUCGGCUGGACAAAAAAUCUGAAUUUAGGGCUGAAUCUUCAGGUGGAGGUAGAAUCCCUAUUGUUUCUACCUCCAUAUCCGACUAUUCACCCUGAACAUCAAUGGAGGGAACAAACAAUCUUUCCUGCAACCAUAGGUCACAGGAAAGAUAGUAAUUGGUACGUGUAUGGCCACCUGUAGCCGAGGAAGGCAACCAAAAUGUUGGAAUGAACAGGAUUUCAUCAAUUCAAUGAACUGAACCUUUUUUGGUAAGUCCCACUGAGUACUUCUGCAUGAGAAUUUAAUAAUCAGCCCUGUAGCUUUAGCUUCUGUGAUAGCCUAACCUGAUUUUUAGCUUCAUAAUUGUGGACACCCCCUAUGCUUAGCUUCUCAGCAGCUGCUCAGAGCACACUGGGCAUGUGCAAUGUCAAUUACACUCAAUACAUGGCCUAACAUGAACCACAGUGGGGGUCGGACUGGACAUGUUGAUAAAUAUAGGGACCUGGAUCGUUACUUUUUUAGGGCUGCUGAGCCUCUGUGCUUGUAUAAUAGGUUCAGUAUAUAAAAUACAGCCAUAUUCAUGUUCAGGCUUUAGUUUUCCUUUUGGGUUUCUACAGAAUUUAUAUGUAAUAGACACAGCUGCAAUUCCCAGCAGUAAGUAGCAUUUUAGUAAUAUAUCUACUAUUCCAUGGAUGGUUUUUAUCAUGAUACCACAGGACUAAUGGGCAUUAUUAUAUGUGUAGGUUUGUCAUUAGCUUUCCAUUUUAAAGGGGAAGUACACUUUUAUAUGAUAUUUUAGCAAUAUAUAGGUGGAUUAAACCUAAACUGCUUUGAAA